UCUCUGCCUUUCUCUGUCUCUCAUGAAUAAAUAAAUAAAAUCUUUAAAAAAAAAAAUGUUGCUAUAAAUUAGUAGAGACAGCCACAUCGCUAAUAGAUUUAUAAUUGAUAGAUUUAUAAUUGAUGGCUCUCUGCUCCUCCCCGUUCGACAGACAGCUGCAUCUUCUGGUGCAGUGCCAGCUGCGUCCCCGAGACACGAUGGUGAAGGUCGGAGUGAACGGAUUUGGCCGUAUUGGGCGCCUGGUCACCAGGGCUGCUUUUAACUCUGGCAAAGUGGAUAUUGUCGCCAUCAAUGACCCCUUCAUUGAUCUCAACUACAUGGCUGAGAACGGGAAACUUGUCAUCAAUGGGAAGUCCAUCUCCAUCUUCCAGGAGCAAGAUCCCGCCAACAUCAAAUGGGGUGAUGCUGGUGCUGAGUAUGUUGUGGAGUCCACUGGGGUCUUCACCAUCAUGAAGAAGGCUGGGGCUCACUUGAAAGGCGGGGCCGAGAGGGAAGGAGUCUCUGCUCCUUCUGCUGAUGCCCCCAUGUUUGUGAUAGGCGUGAACCACGAGAAGUAUGACAACUCUCUCAAGAUUGUCAGCAAUGCCUCCGGCACCACCAACUGCUUGGCUCCUUUAGCCAAAGUCAUCCAUGACCACUUCGGCAUCGUGGAGGGCCUCAUGACCACCGUCCAUGCCAUCACUGCCACCCAGAAGACCGUGGACGGCUCCUCUGGGAAGCUGUGGCAUGACGGCCGAGGGGCUGCCCAGAACAUCAUCCCUGCUUCCACUGGCGCCGCCAAGGCUGUGGGCAAGGUCAUCCCUGAGCUGAACGGGAAGCUCACUGGCAUGGCCUUCCAUGUCCCCACCCCCAAUGUGUCAGUUGUGGAUCUGACCUGCCGCCUGGAGAAAGCUGCCAAAUAUGACGACAUCAAGAAGGUAGUGAAGCAGGCAUCGGAGGGCCCCCUCAAGGGCAUCCUGGGCUACACUGAGGACCAAGUUGUCUCCUGUGACUUCAACAGUGACAGCCACUCUUCCACCUUCGACGCCAGGGCUGGCAUUGCCCUCAAUGACCACUUUGUCAAGCUCAUUUCCUGGUAUGACAAUGAAUUCGGCUACAGCAACCAGGUGGUGGACCUCAUGGUCCACAUGGCCUCCAAGGAGUAA